UGCAUUAACAAAUCUUGACUGCCGACUGGUCAUUUGAUCUGACCCACCUUCUCUCUUCACGCAUCCGUUUUGGUUUAGAGUGGUUGGUUGCUUUAUUCCCUUCUUGGGUCCAAUUACAAAAUUGCAAAGUUCUUUGGAAUCGGGGGAAUAUAAUUUUUAUUUUGAUUUUGUGUCAGUUCACGUUGCUCUUUGGUUCUUUCUUUCUUUCUUGCUUUCAUUCAUUCUUUCUUUCUUUCUUUGAGAGCACUUGUUGAGGGCACGACCCACUUUUCCUUCAAAAGACUUUAUUGGUUCAACUGACACAAAACCCAUUUCUGUAUGCAUGUUUUGAGCAUUUUCAGCGAGGAAAAUUAUCUUCUUUCCUCUUUUCUCUCAGACCCAAAAGCCAAUUUUCUGUAAUUCUUGGUUGUUGAAGUGAGUGUUCCCAGUAGAUCACAGGUCCUGCUCUUCAUUGGGUGUUCUGUUACACCCAUGAUGGAGUUUGUGGGCAGAGCUGUGAAGAAAGAGUUCAAAGGCCGUGGAAUUCAUUCGGGUGUUGUGAAAUCGUUCGAUAGCUCUUCUGGGUUCUUCGAGGUGGAGUUCGAAGGUGGUGAUUCUGAAGAAUUGGAUUUGUCUGAGGUGUCUUUGCUUUUGGAUGGUCAAUCUCAACCAGUGGAGAAGAGGCCUUGUCGAGGCCGCAAGCCCAAGAAGCGUCGAAGAAUUGAGAGCAAAUGUGAAAUUGGCGGUGCGUCGGCUAAUGCUGGGAGGAGUUUGGUGCUAGAUAAAGGGAAUCCAGAUGAAACCCUAGAAAUGGGCUUUGAGGUUAGUGUUCUUUGUGUUAAGGAUUUAAAUGAGAAUUUUAACUUGAAUGAUGAAGUGAAGAAAAGCCAACAAAUAGUAGAUGGGGUUAGUGGGAAUUUGAAUGGGAUUCUCGAGGGAAACAAGAGUUUGGAUAUGAAUGUUACUCUUAGCGAUGGGGUUGAAGAUAUUUUAGAAAGGAGAGGCAAGUCUGAGAAGGAUUUUGAAGGAAAUGGGUCGGACAAUGGGAAUCUUUGUAGAAAUGAAGAUUCCAGAGACGACUUUGAUUUGAAUGCGAGGUCUAGUUCAAGUGAGUGGUUGAAUUUAAAUGACGGCAGUGAUCUUCAUGCCAGUCCUAGUAAACAUGCUAACUUAGAGAGAAGGGGCUCCAUUGAUUUGAAUCUAUAUGUCAAUGCUGACUUUGACGAGAAUCUUGCUGGGGGUGAUGUAAGUUGUUCGCAGGUCGAAAUAAAGAAAAGGGAAUGGGAUUUUGACUUGAACUUAGAGGUUAAUGAUGUACAUGGGGAUACUAACAAUAAUGGUGGAGAAGAAAUUGCUUCUUCUGGGAUGGGUGAAGCAAUAAUAGACAAAGUUUGUGAUGAAGCAGUAAUGGACCAAAUUUGUGAUGAAGCAGUAAUAGACCAAGUUUGUGAGGAAGCAGCAAUGGACCAAGUUGAUGAUAACGUUGAAGGCCUUAGAGACAAAACUAUGGAAUCUGAGCUUGAAGAUGGAAAUUUACAAGAAGUUCGCAUAGAUAUCAAGGAAGAAUUGCCAAAAGACAGCUAUAGUUCCGGUGGAGAUGUGACUGUUGAAGCUUCUCUUAGGGUUUCGGAUCUUAACUGUGUUAAUGAUGGUAAUUUGGUCAAUAUUGAUGUGAAGGAUGUGAGUUCUGAGGCUGGUCCUCAAACAAUUGAUGGUUGCCAAGGCAAUUCUGAAGGUCAAUGCAAACAGCGUGGUGGCCGAAGAAAGAAAAGAAAGGUUCUGGAUGGUGUAAAUACACCUGAUACAGUUUUGAGGAGAAGUACACGUAGAGGGAUCGUUCAGAAAACUACCCCAAUUGCAUCAUCUGAUAUAUCUUCUCCUGUAGCUAGUGUGGUAACUGAUGAAAAACAGGUAGCUUAUGAUGGAUCUGACAUGCCUGUUGGCCUUCCUUAUAAGUUGCAGUUACCACCUUCUUCCAAAAACUUGAAUCUUGACGAUAUUCCCAUCCUUGACUUGUUCUCUAUUUAUUCCUGUUUGAGAUCAUUUAGUACGCUAUUGUUUCUUAGCCCGUUUGAGUUGGAUGAGUUUGUGGCAGCCCUUAAGUGCAAAUCUCCUACUAUAUUAUUUGAUAACAUACAUCUGUCUGUUCUGCAAACUCUAAGAAAGCAUUUGGAGGAUCUUUCUAAUGAGGGUUCUGAAUCUGCUUCCAGUUGUCUAAGGAGUCUUAACUGGGAUAUGCUAGACUUGAUUACGUGGCCUAUUUUUAUGGUUGAGUAUCUAUUGAUUCAUGGUUCAGGUUUGAAACCUGGCGUUGACCUAUGUCACUUGAAAUUGUUAAAAAAUGAUUACUACAAACUACCUACAGGCAUUAAGAUUGAAAUUCUUCGCUGUCUAUGUGAUGAUAUGAUUGAAGUGGAAGCCAUUAGGUCAGAGAUUAACAGAAGGUCUUUGGCAGCUGAGCCAGAGAUUCUUCGUGAUAGAAGCCUGAAGUCGGAAGUCUACAAAAAGAAGAAGAUUUCAGCAAAUGCUUCCAUUAAUUCUUGUCAGUCAGAAGACACUAUGGGUGACACCGCAGACUGGAAUAGUGAUGAAUGCUGUCUGUGCAAAAUGGAUGGUAGCUUAAUAUGCUGUGAUGGCUGUCCUGCUGCAUAUCACUUGAAGUGUGUAGGAAUAGCCAAUGAUCUCUUGCCAGAGGGUGACUGGUUUUGUCCUGAGUGUGCCAUUGACAGGCACAAGUCCUGGAUGAAAACACAAAAAUCACUUCGGGGAGCUGAAUUUUUAGGAGUGGAUCCUCAUGGUCGUACAUACUUUAGUAGCUAUGGCUACCUAUUGGUGUCUGAUUCACGUGACACUGAGUCCUCUGUCAGUUACUACCACAAGAAUGAUCUGGAUGUUGUUAUUGAAGCUCUUAGGUCAUCGUAUUCAUCGUACACUGACAUACUAGUGGCUAUUUACAAGCACUGGGACAUUACUUUCACCUUAAACGGAAAAAUUAAUAAAUCUGUUUCUCUGCAUUGUACAAAUGGAUAUUAUGGUAAUUUUUGCCACGAAGGUGCAAAAUCAACAAACUUGUUUGAAGCGGAGGCUACAGUGGAAGGUCCUACUGUGAAUAAAUCAGCUCUAGAUAGUAAGCUAAACUCUAGCGUUCAGGAUAUUCAAAAGCAUCAGGCUACUGUUUCGAACGGUUAUGAAUUUAGAAAUCAGGCUAAAGUAUCAGGCAAGUUCUCUUCUGGGGAAGAUUCUUCUUUAUUACAUCCUUGCCUAGAUGGGAUGCAAGAGGGCAAUACAAGAUGUGCAGGUCUUGAACAUCCCUUAUCCACGAGCAUCGGAAAAGGGGAUGUCCUUGAAGUUGAAAAUGAUGAUGGUUACUCUAAUUUCUAUAGUUUUGCUCAAACAGCAUCUUUAGUGGCUGAUGAGUUCAUGCGUAAAUCAUCUGAGAAAGAUAAAAUUAAAGAAAAAUCUACUAUGUCAGAGGAAGAAAUAAUUGCAGCGCAGAUGAAGAUAAUUUUGAGGAAAACAAGCAAUUUUUGUUGGCCGUUAAUUCAAAAUAUUAAUGCAGCUACGCAGAAAGAAAAAUGUGGAUGGUGCUUUCCUUGCAGAGUUUCCAGUGACGAGUGGGACUGCUUGUUUAAGACAAACAAUGGUCGGAUUGAGGAGGGUUUGGCAGUUGAUGUUCUUGGUCUUCAACUCAAAAGUAAAGGAAAAGGCCACCUCAAAGAUGUUAUAUGUCAAAUUCUGUCGAUUGAGAAUCGUUUACAAGGGCUACUCUUGGGUCCAUGGCUGAAUUCUCAUCAUUCUAAGCUUUGGCGUGAAGGCCUUUUGGCAUUUGAUUUUAAUUCUGUCAAACAUCUAUUAUUGAUGAUAGAAUCAAAUUUACGGCAUCCUGCUAUAUCAGCUGAGUGGUUUAAGUAUGUCGACUCUGUUAACACCUUGGGUUCAGCUUCCCUUUACAUUACCAGUUCAUUACGUGGUACUAAACAUGGAAUUAGUAGAAAAAGGGCUAGGUUUUCAGAUAGUGAGUCAAAUGCCUCUUCAAAUGGUUCUAGUGGAUUAAGUAUGUUCUGGUGGAGGGGUGGCCAGCUUUCUCGUCGCAUUUUUAACUGGAAGGUUUUACCUCGCUCUUUGGUUUCAAAGGCUGCACGACAAGCUGGCUGUACAAAGAUACCAGGAAUUGCAUAUCCUGAGGGUUCAGAAUGGGCGAGAAGGAGCAGAUCUAUUGCCUGGCGAGCUGCUGUAGAAGCAUCAACAAGUGUGGAGCAGCUUGCAUUCCAGGAACUUCUAGUGCCAAAAAGCAGGAAGAGUUACCAAUUCAAAUUUUGGGUUAGAGAGUUUUAUUCAAACGUUCGGUGGUAUGAUGUUGAAAAUACCCAUCCUCUUCCUACGGUUGAAAAGGAAUUAAGAAAAUCCAUCAGGCUUUUCAAGAAGGUAAUUGUGCGGCGUAAGUCUGUUGAAGGGGAUUUGGUAAAAUAUCUCCUUGACUUUGGAAAGAGAAGAGUUCUUCCUGACGUCGUUAAAAAACAUGGGGUUAUGCUUGAGGAUUCCAGUAACGAGAGAAAGAGAUAUUGGCUAAAUGAGACUUAUGUUCCUUUGCAUCUGGUGAAGAAUUUUGAGGAGAAAAGGAUUGCUCGCAGAGCAAAUGAGGUCAAACCCAAAAUUGCGGAGUUGGGUAUAGUGAAGUCCUUCAGGGAGAAGGGGUUUGCAUAUUUGUUUUCAAGAGCAGAUAAACUUGAUUUAUAUCAAUGUGGCCGCUGUAACAAAGUUGUGCCUGUCAGGGAAGCUGUAAGUUGCAGAUAUUGUCAAGGAAUUUUUCAUAAAAAGCAUGUCAAGAAGUAUGUGGAAUCCGUUGCUGCAAAAUGUACAUAUACCUGCCACAGCUGUUGGGAUGGUAUAUCUAUGAAGACUAAUGGAAAAAGAGGGAAAAAUGGUGUAAAAGGAGGGAAGUUGCACAUGGCAAGAGGUAAAAAACCUUCUAGUGAUCAACGCGGAUUGCGAUUGAAAAACAGAAAAAAAGUGUUGAGGGCUGGAAAACAAGCACAGACACAAAACAAGUCCAAAGUUCCGACAGAUGUCCCUCUACGCCGUUCAGCAAGACAAGCUAAAUACUCAUCGCUUCAAAAGAAAAAGCAAGAUAAAAAGGUUGGAGGAAGUGUCAAAAGGAAAAAGAUAAAGUCCAGGAAGGGAACACCAAAAAAACGCAAAAGAGAGACUUCUUUGCAGAAGAAGAGAACUCUGACGUGUCAUAGCUUCUGGCUUAAUGGUCUCUUCCUUUCUAGGAAGCCUGGUGAUGAGCGAGUGACACUCUUCAGGGAGAAAAAGCUUCUUCUUUUAACUCCGAGGAGUUUUGUGAACCAUGAUAAACCAAAAUGCAAUCUUUGUUCUGAAACAGAACAUGCAUCUGUUUUGAAUUAUAUUGCUUGUCAAAAUUGUGGGGUGUGGUUCCAUGGAGAUGCUUUUGGACUUGAUCAGACCAAAAUAGAUAAAUUGAUUGGAUUUAGGUGUCAUAUAUGUCGGAAAAGGAUGCCUCCCGUCUGUCCCCAUCAAAUGAAUCAGAAGGCUGAUAUUUUGGAGGUUUCUGAGGUACUAAAUAGUACUGUGGUUUAUUGUUCUGAGGAAUCUAUGCCCUCCCCUUUAUAGAUGUGAUACAUCAAAUAUUGUAGGAGAGAUUACUAUGUUUCUUAUGGGAAAAAUAAAAAGAUAUACAAAGAGAAAAAUGAAAAAAAAAAAAAAAAAAGUUAACUGUAUUCAGUGAAAUGACUAUAGUAUCUAGUGUAUUUACUGAAACAACUUAGGAACUUGAGAUUGCUAAUUUAGUUGAUUCUAGUAAUACAAUGGCCUGAAGCUUUCUAAAUCGGGAUAGUUUUUGAACUGUCCUGAUAACCUCCUCCUCCCAAAAGGUCGUAAAUCAAUCUAUCAAACAUUUGCUCUCGCAGUUUUGGCAAAAACUUUGCUGUGCCUGUUUUAUCGUGUUUCCUUUGACAUAUUUGGAUUAUUUUACAACAUUAAAAUGAGGAAACUGUCCUACCCCUUUGAACAACCUGGUUUAACUGAAACUUCAUUAUGAAUGCCCCUACUUGUGGAUUUCCUGAAUAUAAAUGAUUUAUAUAAUAGUUUAAGUGUUUUUUUUUGGCCAUAUUUUUCCAAUGAAACUAUUAUUAUUAUUUUAUUUUUUUACUUCUGCUUAGGAAUUUUCCCUGCCUAGAUAUUUAAACAAGAACAGAAAUUUUUCUUUGGACUCUUAGACUUAUCUUUUCUAGUAUUAUGCCCCCACGUGGCCAUUGCUUUAUUUGUAGGUGUAUUAUGUAUUCGGCCUUUUUCUAUUUCGUCUUCUUAGUGCACUUUGAUAACCACUUAUUAUAAUCACAGCCUCAAAUAUGUGAUUUCAUUUUGACCACCGAUUGAAAUUGACACUGAAAGCAAGAAGGCAUUCUUACUUCAGUUAUUUUAUGGUUGGUUUGUUCUUUUUGGGCAUGCGUAACUGGAAGGAAUGUCGAAAGACAUGUAUGAUCUGUAUUUCUUGAAAAAUGUGGAUGAAUAGAAGCAAAUGAUUAUUUUGAUGGGUGUACAAGGAUUGGAGUGUGUUCCAUUCCAUUGUAUCACUUCGAGCCUCUAUGACUAAGAAUCUAAUUAAAUAUUGUUGCUUUUACCUCUUACGGGAUUGAUGUUUCCGUUGCUAGACUUGUAUCUUUCGUCUCAGUAGGAUUAUUACGGAGACUUCUUUUUUGUACUUGCAUCUUUUGGUGUCCUCUUUGUAUUAUUUUAUUUUUCUUAAAAUUCAGCUGGGACUUCUACACUUCUCUGUUGACUGGAUUUGUAAUGAAGUUUUGUUCUCGUAAAAUCUAAUAUAUUUGUCUACUUCUUGGAACCUGAGUAUUGAUAACUUGGUUAAGUGAAGAUGUAAUUCAUUUCUUUUGAAUAUAGAGAGACGCUUCUUGUAAUCCUGCAUGAUUAGUGGUAGAGAAUGUGCAUUUAAAUUUGCAACGAGAUAAGUUAUCUUCCUGGAUAACUAAGAGAAAUGAGAGGAGAAAGUGAAAAGCUGCAGUUAGUAGCCAGCUGGAAGAUGCUUUUCAGAAAGAUGAGGCAGAUGGUCGUUCCGGUUCUGCAUACUUGAAAUCUUAGGGGAGCGUAUCAGACUGUGGGUUAGGUUCUAUCUCUCCUAUAGGAGAUUAAUGUUAUAAAUAUAUAUGUUUGAAUAAUUCAAUCUGUAUGCCGAGGGCAAAUAGCUUUUCAUGGUUGCUUCUGUACCCUAUUUCUGUUCCUAAUUUACAUGCCAGAAAUGGAAAAAGAUAAAAUAGAGUAUGAGUAAGUUUUCUUAGUGUGCUUUCUCUCUCUCCUUUCUAUAGAGAAAAAUCAAUGAUGGAACCAUGGAAAAGAUUCUUUUUCUGAGGUUUUAAAUUCUUGCUCUUUCACCUCCAUUUCAGUACCUGUUCUUUAUACCAGACUACCUAUUUGAACAUGGAAGCCCCUAUAGUGCGACCUGUUAUUUUAUUAAGUGUACUCUCUGAAUAGAAAUUUAAAUUGCAUUUCCCCAUAGAGCGAUUAUCUUAAUGUACAUUUUUCUUUUCCUUUCUUCAGAAGAUCUUCGCUAUUCUUAUAUUUCAUUCCCGAACUUCAAGAUAAACAGUAAUGAGAUACCAGCAUGAACCUUUUUAUGCAUUCUUUCCAUAAAUUGUCGUUUAUGAUGUACAGAAAAUGGUGCUGAAUUCUUUUGAUGUCCUGUUUUAAAUGCAGGUUCGGAACUAACGACAUUAAAAUGGAUCAAUAUAGUUCAUUAAAGGCAAAGACCUUCAUGGCCAACUUCCAGAUACCACGAGUUCUUAAUUCUUGGCUUGGUAUGGUUUGGAUGCAUAUUUGAACUCAGAACAUGAGAACAAGAAAGUUAGCCAAAUUGAACAUGAAGUGGUGGCAUUGGAGUGACCUAUUCAUUUUUUAGGUAGCGGUGACAGUAUUAUUGCAGUUAUAAACUAACCACAUGAAUAUAGGCAUUGUAUUAGGCUGGCCAAUAUAUAAAUAGCAAUUCCACACCCCCUCCCCCCCGGGUCAGCAUUAACACUCUCUUAGGUAGUCGGCUCGACCUCUAACGUGUGUAUUGGAACUUGGAAAUUGGUUCCUCAUUGAACACAGACUCUACUGAUUUACAAAUUCUGAUGGCUUCUUUUCAUUGAGUCUAUCUCAGGAUUUGCAGGGGAUUGCGAAUACUGAAGAUUGUAGGUAGAAUAGAUUUAUAGAAAGAUUGUAGUGACUGGCUGGGGAGCUGUAUGUAACAUUGGACUCCAUUGUGAAUCCAUUGAAAUUGCAAACUUCAGCCAAUAAAAUUUCGACGUUAAACGACAUGGGUACUUA